CGUCAUCAGUACUCCAGUGACUAACUAAACACGAUACGGGUUACUCGUGUCUAUUCAUUGUGUGUAAUUAAUUAAAAAAACCACUAAAUUGUUAUUUAUAAAGCAGUGAUUUUAUUCUGCAGUUCAAUACCGUAGUGUUAUCAUAAAUUCGUGUAGCGUUAUCUUUAUUAUUGUGACAUAAACAUUUUUUCAAAGGAUUUCGUUUCUAUACAUCUUAUCAGUGGAAUCAUGAUAUCAUCGUUAUCAAGAAAAGACACAUCUGAGACGAGAGCUUGCGACGUUAUUUAAAAUUGAGAUGUCGAUCUGUUAACAUCAAAUAUAGAACUACGGAGCCUUGAAGAAUACUAUUUUGGUGACUAGAUUUCGAGAAACGUCAAUAACAAACAUAUUACAAGAAAAUACAAGUUUCAACCUAAAGAAACACUUCGAUUUAGUGUCGUCAUUCAUUCUACACGUGUGUGGUGUGGACAUUUAUUUAAAUUUAUACAAAAUGGCAAGCACCGGUAGUGAAAUCUGGCUGCAAUGGUUCGCGUGCUGUUACCAGCCGGCUGCGCAGGCGCAGCGCACCCGCCGGAGAAUAGACAGAUCUAUGAUCGGUGCACCGACAAAUUUUCAACACACAGGACAUAUAGGUUCAACAGAUGUAGAUAUGCCGACGUCUUUGCUGCACUCCAUACAGAACCAAAUGCAGAGCAAAGGCGGAUACGAAAUGGCUUAUGGAGUUAAGGUUUACUGAUGCACACCGGGCGAAACGGACGCUAAUGAUAAAACAAAGUGAAUAAUGUGUUACGAUCUAAAUUAAACUUUAUAUUUAUUUGUGUUUUAGGUACACAUUUGUGUUAUGUAAGUCGUGUAAAUAGAGAAGAGAUUACGAUGAAAAAUUCAAAACAAGUUACCUUUUUGAAAUUUAAACUUUGUAAUUAUAUUAUUUUAAAUUGUAAUUGUUACUUCAGUUAUUCAUAAGAUUAUACAAUAUAUUGUAUGUAUUCACACAAAAAUAUGAUUUUUUUAUAUAAUUAUAAAAUUUAUAUGAAGAAUCCAUUUGUGCUUUACUAUUUAGAGGAAUAAGAAGCAAUAACAAACAUAAUUAGCCAAAUACAGGGAUCUACAUGUACUUAUAAACAAUAAAACUUUAUCCAUUAUCUUUAACUAUGUCAUAAUUGUACUAUAUAUCGUAUAGAAUGGUUUUUAUAUAAUUUUUACAGUAAAUGUCUACAAUCUGCCAUAUUCUUAAUUUUAAAAUCCGUAAAGUACGUAAUAUUAUCUUAUCUGUGGUUAAAGUAAUUAAAUCUUAAAUUAUAUUUCCAAAAACUUUCACAUUAAUUCCUUAAUUAGUAUUUUCUUCCCUAACAAUGUUUUUAUGACGAUCUAUUUGAAUUGAAAUAACAAUGCCUGCAGAUAAUGGAUGCCUUUUUUAACAAAGUAAUAAAUAUAUUUGAUAGUAAAUACAAUAAUAGUGAAAUAAUGAAACCUGUCCUAUUCACAAGUUCCGUCGAAGAUGCCUUUAUAGUCAAUAUUAUUUUAAAAUAGAUGUUAAGUAGUAAUUAUACAUUAUUAGUAUAUUAGUAAUUUUGUAAAAAUAUAACCUUCUACUCCAGUUAUAUAUGUAGUUAAAUUAGAUACCUAUUAUAUAAAUUUUCAUAUUGUCAAGCGGUACAUAAUAAAAUAUGCCUACUGUAAUAUUGAAUAUUAUCAAUAUUACGACAUAGUAUGACGCACAAUAUUACUAUAUACUGAUUUCCUUUUAAGCUUCUUAUAACAAAUAGAUAGAAAAAUAAAUUUAAAAGUAGGUUAUAAACUCAAAAGUAUAUUACAUAAAACAUUUUACUCGAGCAUUUUUUACAUUUAUUACAAAUUAGGUAUUACCCGGGAAUUCGUCUGCGUGGAAUUAAAAUCCUUUAUGACAUACAAAAUAAAUGAUAUUUUAAAAAUAAAAGUAGCUCAAGUUACUUCUCAUAAUAUUAGCUAUCUGCGAGUGAUAGUCCCAUAAAAAUCGGUUCAGUCAUUUUAGAGAUUUUGUUGAUGUAAGUACCGUAUACCUAUUAAUUUAAAACUAAAAACCGCCACUUUAAAUUUAUAUAUUUAUAUAGAUCAGCAGUAAACACCUAGGUACUGAAAUACUGUAUAAUCUAGCUUCAAUCAUUUAACUUUACUUAAAUCUUUUAAAAAACACACUUGACAGGAGUAACAUUGUAAUCACAAGGUCAAUACCAUACUACAAUGUAACGUUACUAUAUGCAGAUAACUAGAAGCUAUUUUUAUUAUAGUAAUUUUUAUAUUCUACUAAUUUUCUAAUCGCUAAUAGGCGAUAAAAGCAUUGGUAAAAAACAUAAAUAUAUUUGCAAUGGAAAGAAUGAACGGUGUCAAAUUUUUAAAUAGGUAAGCGUUAUAUAUAAUGCAAUAUAUAUGAUAUGCAACGUUAUCCAAUUCUGAUUUAGCGUCAGCGGGUUUAGAAGUAGUUAGGCUUGGAUCGUAAAAUACUUAUAAAAACUACACUUAUGAAUUCUGGAAGGCGUUCUCCUAUACGGUUUCAUAUUUAUAAUCUCAUUUACUGACUUCUCAAUACCUGUAUGUACUACACGAAUAAUAUGUCAGAGAAUGAUCACGAAAAUCAGUUUAUAAAAUGCUAGGUUUCAUUAGGAAAUUUGUCAGAAUGUAAAUAAUUGUUUUAUUCUUUUGAUGUUUAAUAUAAUGUUUAUAAGUCAUUAUACUAUUUUUUAAUAGUCGUAACUGAAACUCUGAAUAAUUUAUUAGAAUAAAUGUGUUAUAUGUUGUAUAUCGACUUCUAUUAUAUGAUUAAUAAUUAAUAAUGUAUUGUCUUGUCUCAUGAGAUAUUUAAUCGUCUAGCUAGAUUUUUCAUUGUAUUAUGCGUUAGUCUAUAAGCUCGAUGAAUUUUGGGCAAUUGAAUGACUCGUGUGAAAACUUCCCUCUAAAGACUGAAAUCAAUAUAUAUAUAUUCUCGUAUAUAUGAAAACAAAAUGUAAACUUAUAGAACAGUUGUAUUAACUACGUUUUAUAAGCAAAAAUCCAAAUAUUUAUUAUAUUUUGUGGGUAUAUCUGCUCUAUAUAGGUAGCACUGAUUACCGAAAUAUGCAUCAAUAAAGAAUUCUCUUGAAGGUAUUUGGAUUAAAAAAUAGAAUUAUUAAUAAUAAUAAUAAAAGAAUUACUUAUAAAUAAAACACUCACUCCACUAGGUAUCACUCCAAACGAGAUUGUUGUUUUUUUAUCCAAAUUUUAUUUUUAAGCAAUACUCAACUCAGACUAUAUAUAGCAAAUAAAAUAUGUAUAGUAAUUAAAUAAAAUUUGGAUAAAAUCAAUAACAAAAUAAAAUAUCUUUAAAUGAGGGUCUUAAUUGUUACAAAACGGAUGUAAGUAGAUACGUAAACUAUAAUGUUUUUAUCACCUAAAAAACUAUUAUAGCAAUUAUAUAUAAUAUAUUAUAAUACACAUGAAACUGGGUGUGAUUUUGUAAGUCUUGUGUAUGAAAUAAUAUUAUUAUAUCAUUUAUAAUACAUACCGUAUUAUAUAUAUAACAUAUUGUGGAUUAUUUUUCAUUUAGGUAUAUAAUUUUGAAAAAUAUUUUUACUGUUGAACCAUCGACAUAUGUAAUUUAAGGACAAGGCCAGACUAGCCUAAACUUAUAUGCAGUCAACAAAAGUAAAACUUAUGGAUUAAAAAAGAACCAUAAAAUUUUGUUCAAUUAGCACAAAUAGAAAAAAAUAAAUUGAGUACCUAUUUUAGCAAUCGACUGAAUGUGAACUACUUAAUUAGACACGUAACGAUCUAUCUUCACGGCAGAUCACUUACAGGGUAGGCAAAGAGAAUCCAAUGCCAUUGCCGUCUGUCCUUAACCACAGAUAUGCUUUUAUAUUUCUAUGGAAUUGAUCUAUAUAAAAGUCCAAUAUAAUGUUGUAGUUAUAUGUAUUUAAAUUGGAGUUAAGUUAACGUUUCUAGCUUUUUUAAUUAUUUUUCAAUAUUUUCAACUGUGUAUAAGAAGUCCUUAGAUUAUUAAGUCGAUGCCUUUAGCUAUUUAGCAUUGUAUUUAUAAAUGGUUGCUGGCAACAUAGCGCAAGUAAACAACAUGUAUGUAUGUUACAAUCUUUGAUUAUGAAUAGUCCCUAAUCUGAGGUUGUAAUGCAAAAACAAUAUUGUAUAAUAAUUUUGUCAUUUUCUAGUUAAAACGACAAUUUUAUCUAUAUAGCUCUAUAGAUAUUUAUAUAAGAAAAUAUUUG